GCACUUUUGCAUAAAUAAAAGAAAAUAAAAAACAAAAAAGGUCGUUAACUACCAACCAGUUGCAAUGUGGAACUGCUUUUUUUUUUUUACCUUCGAAAUUACAAUAAACAACUAAGGGAAGCAAUCCUAACAGGGUAGCACUCGGAAAAAGUAUUCCUAUCUGUUUUUGGUGAGUGAUGUGAUUGGAGAUUGGUGAGGGGCCACCAUCAUUGAAAAAUGAUAAGGCUCUUACAAAUAGAAUAGAAGUAGUACCGGUUAAUGACUUGAUACCCCAAAAUUCAUUAUCCAACAAGAACACAUUUUGAAUUCGUUUUCUUUCUUCCUUUCUAGGAAGGUGCAGGAAGAAGAAAAGCACAGCGAGACCCAAAUGAACCGGGAAGAAGAAGGGGAAAAGCAUAAAUUAAUAUUCUUCUAUCACCCAUUUGCAAGGCUUGUUGAAUAUUUAAAUGGGAAAUUGUCAAAAGCGAAGAAAGCCACAUUUUUUUUUAACACUGCGAAUCCACACACACUUCGAAUUGGGAAUAGGGUUUCAACAAUUAAACAAAUCUUAGUCAAAUUAAAAUGGAACUCACGAUGUGGAGACCAUAAAGACACCGUUGAUUGAUGAUUCUUUCUCUCCCAAACCCACAUGUUUUCACAGGAAUCGAAUCUGAGCCAUUAAAAGAGUGAAUCUUUGAGGAAACGCCAGAGAAAUAACCUCAAAUCAGAAGAGGGUAAUCAAUGCCAAUACAGUUACCAAAGGUUACUCUUUUGGUACAUUGAUUUUAAUAAGUUUUGCAAUUCAUGUCAAUGUGGCCCCACCCAACUCCACGUAGAGAUAAGAGACUACUAUCUGUCAAUUGGGUUGAAACAUGGGAAUAUAGACUUUUCUUUUGUCAUGAGAAGUGGCAUAAAGAGAACCUUCACCGCAUAAACCGAUAGAAUAGAAGAGAAGCCUACCUAUAAAACUGGCAAGUAAUUGUAUACACUUAUUUUUUGGGGGGCAAUUAUAUAUAAUUAUUCAUAUAGAUAUAGGUGAGAAAAAUAGGAAACCUCCUUCUUAGUCUCUAGCAUCGUCAUUGUAAGAAAUUGACCAUUCUAGACAGAUAAGUGUAUGUUAUAUAUAUAUAUAAAAUAUUUUGUGUAUUUUUUGUCACCGAUUUGGGGAGAUUCUUAUUCUUGGUGUCUAUCUCUAUCCUGUUAUAAGCCAUUUGCAGCAAGCGGUUGACCUGCUCUAAUCAAAUGGAAAAGGUUUAGCUGGUUUUUCUCUAUACCAGGAUACAUGCAAUUAGGAAUGGUAUCUCCUUCAAAACAAUGAUAGACAUAUUGGGAAGGAAGUCACAACUACCAGAAAGGAAAGAACUCAAAGAAGAGAGGAAUGGCCAACACCUUCAAGGCACCAACUCAUCUUUCUAUUUCUUGAUUGGCUUCCAAGAGUUAUUCCCUAUUCUCUCUCCUCAACUGUCUUCAAAGAAACAACCACCUCACCAUGGAAAGUCCUCCUAGAUGCAAAUUCACGCUGAUUUUCUUCAUCAUUGUCUCCCUCUCAAUUGGCUUAGUUUCCUUCGCCUUGUGUAUAGUGUCAGAGAUUAAGAGGAACAAGAAGGAGGAUCUCAGAUGGAAUGGAAAACUAUGUUAUUUGCCAUCAAGUCCAGCAUUUAGAUUGGGUAUGGCAUCCAUAGUUAGUCUCUUUUUGGCCCAGAUCAUUGGGAAUUCUAUAUUAUUCAAGAAUUAUUGUUCGGAAGGGAAAAGAAACGCACAGUAUAAGAUACCGGUGGUUGCAAGGAUUCUGCUUUUGAUCUCUUGGCUUAGCUUCGGAAUUGCUGUUAUUUUAUUAAUUGCAGCCACAAGCAUGAGCAGAAGGCAGCACUAUGGGGAAGGAUGGUUGAAUGGUGAGUGCUACCUUGUCAAAGGGGGCACUUACACUGGUUCAGCCAUAUUGAUUAUAGUUACAGUAGGUACGUUAAUUGGUUCAGCUGUGUCAACAAUAAAGACCAAUCAAGCAGACCAGGGUCGCAAAAUACACGCACAAACGGGGUGACUAUUGAAAUUAAAGAAUUUAUACUUGGAAACCGUAUAGUAAGAUGCAGAGAGUCAGAGUUUUGAUGCAAACCAAUAAGCUAUUUAAUGGGUUGAGGACUAUCAACUGCACCUAGAAAGAAGCCUCUGAAGUUGCAGGAGAAAAGAUCCAAGGCCUGCAAUUUCAUGCCAACCAGAGGCUUCCAAAGGAAUACUAGUCUAAGAGUUUGUCAAGUUAGCGAAGGUGCCAGAGCCAACUAAAAUUCAUUAACUUGCUUAUCCAAUGUCCCGAGGAAUAACUUUAUUUUUUCGACUUACACGAUACGAAAGAGACACUUCAUUUGUACACAUUCUCUCCGAGGUAGUGACCGCCUCGUAUAGGAACUCAUUUUGGAUCCCACCUACAUACAUUAAUAAUUGUCUAGUAUUUUUAUAUUGUAUUUAAAAUUUUCAACUGCUCAG